AUGGAAGAAAAUUGUGUGAGAGCGGAUGCAUCCCACACGUAUGAACCUGGUCCCAACGACUAUGUUGUUAAUAACAAGCAUCUAACAGUAAUAGUAGGUGUUGAACCUGAUGAUAUUCGGUUAUCACAGCCCUCGCAGUUGGAAGUGAAUGAGAACGGUAAUAUGAAACGUAACACAUUUGCUUGUGUGAAAUGCCAUGACUUGAAACAGAAGUGUCGUCCUUCCGAUGUUGGGGAUAUAUAUCGAAACCCAUGCGUUAGAUGCUUGAGAAGUCGAGAUCCUUGCAUAUUUGAUUUAGCUAAGCGAAAGAGGAAGAGAGUAAGACGAUCUCGACAUGAAAAUAGUGUUGGUAAUAAUAAGUACCAGAAGAGGAAAAAUAGUAGGAACUCUGAAUCACAGAGUAGUAGUGAUAACUACGAAGAGCCUAGAGUACCUUUGGCUAUACCUAAUAUCCAGCAGACACCUAUAUCGAUUAUUGAAAAUCCUGAGUCAAUCAGAAACCAAAACUGGCCUAUUGUUGAUUCAAAUCAGUAUCCAAAAACAAGUAUCACAUUGGGUCAGCCACAGUCAUCAAAUGACUUGAACGCUAUUAUGAGGACACCAACCACUAUUAGUGUAUCUCAGAGAUAUCCUCAAACCGAUAUAAAUUCCUUACUGGGGAGUUAUCCUACCAGAAACAAUGCUUAUGAUGAAUCGACGGUACCUUUGGGAUCAAACAUACCGUUAAUUCCAACUACUAGCAAUGAUGUCGUCCGUCCUAGCAAUAAUACUUUAAAAACACCGAAUGUAGGUAACGUUGGAAGUUUGUUUAACAAUCAUAUUGACACUGCUAACCCUACCAUAUUGAGCCCACUUCAAAAUAAUACAUAUGAUAGACAACAGUACGCUUACUCUAGUAACUCCAACAAAGGUGGGUCUCAUUUUGACUCGGUGAAGUCUCCAAAAAACUCACAUAUUAAUCGUCUGACACAUUCAUUCAAAAAACAACUGCAAUCUCUUGUGUAUCAUCAAAAAGAGAAGAUUGAGACAACAUCCACAUUAUUAGGUCAAUGGGCGAAAACUUGGCAAGAUAUGAUCGACAGAUCGGAUUUAUUGCCAGUUACAGGUGACCCUGUUAGUGCCGGUAUAAUUACUGCGGAAGAAGCUGAACUCCGGCUUGAAAGGUUCUCAACAGAUAUAACAUUUUUUGCUGGACUUUCCUUCAUUAACACAGGAAAUAAUACGAACGUAAAUAUAAUGAGAACUGAAAAGCCAAUGUUAUUCUCAGUUGUCAUGUCAUGCUCGUCGAUAUUAUUAGCUCCACAUGAAACAAAUCCAGUAACCACAAUGAGGCUUGAUACAUUUGUAUUGAAACAGAUUACAUCUAACAUAUUCAAGAGAAGAGUGGAUGCAGUGCAGUUGGUUCAAUCCCUUCUAAUUCUAUGUUUGUGGUAUAAUUUCUUAGAAUGGCCGUCAAGAACCAAAUACCACUUUUUUAAUUACGUGUGUUCUAUUAUAACAAAGGAGUUGAAUCACAGACCUCAUCCAGGAAGGGUAUUUGAUGUCUUUCCAGAGAAGGAGCCACAACCUGAAUAUCCAGUCUAUGUGUACAGACUGAUAUUGCUUGUAUACAUAACAUCGCUUAAUGUUUGCAUAUUCCUACGGCAACCGUUGCAUACUCCAUAUAAUGAAUGCAUAGAUAUCGCGUGGAAACAGGCAGCAAGAGACUCAAAGUUGCAAAUAACUGAGGAUCAUAAAGAAGAUGCUCAUGUUUUGGUAGUUUUUACAUCAUUAUGUCGAGUAUUAGAGAACAUUCACGUGAAACUUCAUGAAUUGGAAAAGAAUGACGAAUUCCUUUUAUAUGAUACAUCUAAAAUGAUACAGAGAUAUCACACGCAAUUAGAUGAGCUAUAUACAGAGAUUCCAUUAAAUCGUGAUAGAGUUGUGGCGUUUUUCUAUUCAAUUAAAGCAUAUUUGUAUCAAUACACAUUGGAAGACUUCAUAAAGAAGAAUGUUAAUAGUUUGAAAAAGGGUGAUCCAGUGCCAGAUGAUAUAACUGCAGCCUUCAAGAGCUGCUAUAAUUGUUGUGUUCAGUGUCUAGAGAAUUUCAUGAAGCUUGACAGUAAAUUAAUUGCAUCACUUCCGCUUUUUCACUCAUCUAGGAUGGUUUACAUUGUUGGCCUCAUUCUUUUAAAGUUAAGGUUCAAAGUAGUGACCUCUGCAGCUUUCCACCAUCUAUUGCAUGAUACAGAUAAAGCGGUAGCAUUGGUUAGAAGAGUGGCGGAUGCACUGGAAAAGGCAUCUAAAUUAUUUCCAUAUAAUUAUCCCUUAUACAAACUACAAUACGUUGUGGCACUAUUUUGUCAAACAUAUGCUAAGAGGGUUAUUGAAGCAUCGGAAUCAAGCACAGUAAAGGCAAAGAGUAAUCCCCAUACACAAUUUAAUACACAACUAUUGAGAAAUGAAUAUGCUAGUGUUACUAAAACUCCUGUUACCGAUACAGAAAAUACUGUUUCAGCAGAUGUAUUGCCAUUCCCUGCUGAUUCAGCGCCUACCCAAGGUAAGCUCACCAGGAACUCUACCGAUGAUAGUAAUACACCUAUUAACAAUGAUAUUAGCAGCGGAAUUGUGGGGUAUAAAACAGAAAAAGAAGAUUUAAAUGGAACGAAUAAUAAUCCGAAUAAUGGCCUGUUAAAUCCACAGGUCAAAGUGAAUUUGGAGAGUCAAACCUUAAAUUCAUCUCCGUCUUCAUCUCUUAAUAAUUUCAAUGAUUAUUUAACUGACAUGAAUUCAUUACUGUGGGGUGUGAAUACACUUAAUGAUGAAUUUUGGUCUGAUCUCUUUCUCCCUGGAAUUUGA